GAAGACGGUCCUCUGAAGCGGUACGCGUUCCGAUAAUUCGAAAUUUAAAAAUGUUUUAUUAAAUUAAAUUAAUUUUGAAUUUCUUCAACUUGCACUUAAACUAGAAACUAUAUGUGUGAAGUUUAGUAAGUUUUUAGGUGUUCUAAAUAAGUGAUAAUGUUGGGAAAACAUUCAAAGUUAUUUUUUUUUAUUUCUAUCUGUGCUCUAAUUGUUGCGAUCGUGUUAGCUUCUUGGGGUUUCCCGAAAAUUGUUAAGCGGCAAGUUCAAAAGAAUGUCCAAAUCGAAAAUUCCUCGAAGAUGUUCGAGAAAUGGCGAAAGCUGCCGAUGCCUCUCACAUUUAAGGUGUAUGUUUUUAACAUUAGCAAUCCAGAAGAGGUUAUCGAAGGAGAAAAACCUCGCUUACAAGAAAUCGGACCUUAUGUAUAUAAGGAAUACCGAGAGAAGACAGUACUGGGCUACGGCGAGAACGAUACAAUCAAGUACACGCUAAAGAAAUCCUUCGUAUUCGACGCGCAGGCUUCUGGCACGCUGAGCGAACAUGACGAGCUCACUGUUAUCAACCUUACUUAUAUGGGUGUAAUAUUGACAGUGAAUGGUAUGAUGCCAGCUAUAUUGGGCUCUGUCAACAAAGCUUUAGAAAUAUUCUUCGGUAAUCUAACGGACCCGUUCAUGCGAGUAAAAGUAAAGGACUUAUUGUUCGAUGGUAUCUACCUCAACUGCGACGCAGAUAAUUCCGCUUUAAGUCUGGUCUGUGGAACAUUACGCGCCAAGAGGCCAUCUACAAUGAAACUCGCGGACGACGGCAAGGGAUAUUAUUUCUCGAUGUUCGAACAUUGGAACAAUACCCAACUGGGGCCAUUCGAUAUGGUCCGUGGUACUGAGAACGUUUACGAGUUGGGUCACAUUGUUUCGUACAAGGACAGGCGCACGAUGAAAGAAUGGGGCGACCCCUACUGCGGCAUGAUCAAUGGAUCCGACUCAUCGAUCUUUCCACCCAUCGACGAAGACAACGUACCUCAAAAACUAUACACUUACGAUCCUGAUAUUUGUAGAUCUUUGGCCGUGGACCUGAUCGACAAACGGUCGAUAUUCAACAUGAGCGCGUACUAUUACGAGUUAACUGAAAAAGCACUCGCCUCAAAGAGUGUUAAUCCUUCUAACAAAUGCUUCUGUAGAAAGAACUGGAGUGCCAGCCACGACGGUUGCCUGCUGAUGGGCGUGCUGAACCUGAUGCCGUGCCAGGGCGCGCCGGCCCUGCUCUCGCUACCGCACUUCUACCUGGCCUCGGAAGAAGUCCGGGAGUAUAUCUACUACGGCCUGUUCCCGGACAAGGAGAAGCACAAGAGCUUUAUAUACUUAGACCCGGUGACAGGUGUGGUGAUGAAAGGAGCGCAGCGGAUCCAGUUCAACAUAGAGUUACGCAACAUGCCCAAUCUCCCACAGCUGGCCAAAGUGCGCACCGGAAUAUUCCCACUGCUCUGGUUCGAUGAGGGCGCGGAAAUAACUGAAUCCAUUCAAGAGGAGCUGAGACACUCGCAUACGUUACUGGGGUACGUGGAGACGAUGAGAUGGGCAUUACUGGUGAUAGCUUUUGCAGCAGCUGUCAUCUCCGGCAUCGCGGUAGCUCGCUCCGGCGCUAUCCCAGCCUGUCGCAGGAACAAUAGUAUUAACUUCAUCACACGACCCUCAAAGCCUACAGCAAUCAACAAACACUGAUAUUUAAUAAAGCCUAGAAGACACAAAACAUUGUUUUAAUUGACAUUUAUACUUUGAAGAGUAAGUGGAAAGCUGUGUUAAUUAAUUUG